AUGAGAGAGUUUGAGGUUCAACUGGGACUCAACAUUCAUGAAAUACUCGGGAGUGAACCUGCCUCCAGAUUAGUCUCAGUUGAAAUGUUUAAAUUUUGACGCAUUUUUAUCAAAAAUAAAAUUUGAUAAGGAAAGGUGGAAUCGAAUCCCCGUCACAAGUUUGGUUUCAGGAGUGGAAAUUAAAGACUAGGAUAGAUUUUCCAAACUCCACCGGUAGAAGAAACAGACAAAGACUUUACAGAACGGGACAAAUUUAUCUUGAGGUACAUUUGGCGGGAGACAAGACCCCGGAUCAGAUUCAAAACUCUUCAACUGCCUCGAGAUAAAGAGACUAACCCACCUCACCUGGAGAGUUACUGUCAGGCUGUUAAAGUGAAAGACCUAAAGAUGGAAAUCUUACAUCAAACAUGAUCUGAAACUGAGGGAACAUCUUCAGGAGGAGUUAAAUCCACGUCUGGGGGUCUCCUUAAAGAUCUGGUUUAAGAAUAAACUGAUGGAGGACAGGAUGGAGAUGGAUUACAGAUGAUUCAGACUUUGUACCGAACUCAGCAGAUCGUAGAUUUGGGAACUUUUUAUAAAGAGUUUUCAGGAUCUGAAAAAUCACGAUCAGGAUUAAACAAACAAGAUUUAAAGGGAACGAUGAAGAAGUUAAAAUCGGACGAGUCAGAGUCAGGAACCGUGACAUUAUUCAUCUCAGCGUCUGAUUCAGACCAGAGAGAGAAACUGAAAACUAUAUAAAGAAGCAAACAAACCUGAGCUCUGGUUCUGAUGGUUCUGAUGGUUCUGAUGGUUCUGACUUUGUUCUUCUUUCUGUGUUUGUUUCUGUGCAGCUCCUCCAGGAGGUCAGCUCCCAGAAGUCCAAGCGGCAGUGGAGACGUUUGGAGACCCGAGUCAGUUUCUGGAGGAAGUGUCACGAUCAGCUGAAGGCGGACAGAACCGAUCCUGAAUCCGCCUCUCAGUUCUUCCUCUCUCAGACCGGGUCUGGACCUGCAGACCCGUCUGAGGCUGCAGAUCCUCAGAGCGAGCUGCUGGACGUCCAGGAGCGCUGCCUGCUGCUCUGCCUGGCCGCUCAUUGGCUCUCUCUGCUCAGCCCGCCUCCCGUGGACAAACUGGAGAAGAAGCUGUGGGUGAACCGGGUCAGACAGCAAGUCCUCACCGUCUCCAUGGAGAGGGAGAGCGUCUUCAACCUGCCGCCGCCCGCCAUCACGGCGGAAAUGAACUCGUACGCCGCGCUCAUGAAGGAGUUCUCCUUCUCCAACAUAUCGGGCCUGAACACGGAGGAGUGUCUGAGUCUGGAGGGACUCCCGGGUCCUCCUGAGGACCAAGGUCAGCUGAAGGUCGACCCGUCGCUGAGUCCAGAGGAGAGGAGGGUCCUGACCGCUCUGAUUGGUCAGUUAUUAGAUGAAGGAAGUAUCCACGAGGCCAGCAGGGUCUGCCGGUACUUCUCCCUCCAUCACCCAGACAUGUGGGUGGUGCUGCGCUGCAGAGCUCUGGCCUCAGGAGAACCCAACCCUGAACCACCAGAGGAGGCGACGGAGGCGCUGCCGAAGAAGACCAUCACCAGCUGUAAGCUCCAGUCAGAGGGUCUCCACAGACCUGAGGGUCCGGGUUUCUGUCCUCUGCAGCGCCUCCUUUAUUUUGUAGUAAACGAGUGAAAAAAACUGUAGAAACAGACCGACAUGAUGGAGGAGUUCCUCAGGGUUCGAGUCCGGGUCCUCUGGUUUUUAUAUGUAUCCCUAUAUACACUCACCGGCCACUUUAUUAGGUACACCUGUCCAACUGCUCGUUAACACUUAAUUUCUAAUCAGCCAAUCACAUGGCGGCAACUUAGUGCAUUUAGGCAUGUAGACAUGGUCAAGACAAUCUCCUGCAGUUCAAACCGAGCAUCAGUAUGGGGAAGAAAGGUGAUUUGAGUGACUUUGAACGUGGCAUGGUUGUUGGUGCCAGAAGGGCUGGUCUGAGUAUUUCAGAAACUGAUGAUCUACUGGGAUUUUCACGCACAACCAUCUCUAGGGUUUACAGAGAAUGGUCCGAAAAAGAAAAAAUAUCCAGUGAGCGGCAGUUCUGUGGGCGGAAAUGCCUUGUUGAUGCCAGAGGUCAGAGGAGAAUGGCCAGACUGGUUCGAGCUGAUAGAAAGGCAACAGUGACUCAAAUAACCACCCGUUACAACCAAGGUAGGCAGAAGAGCAUCUCUGAACGCACAGUACGUUGAACUUUGAGGCAGAUGGGCUACAGCAGCAGAAGACCACGCCGGGUGCCACUCCUUUCAGCUAAGAACAGGAAACUGAGGCUACAAUUUGCACAAGCUCAUCGAAAUUGGACAAUAGAAGAUUGGAAAAACGUUGCCUGGUCUGAUGAGUCUCGAUUUCUGCUGCGACAUUCGGAUGGUAGGGUCAGAAUUUGGCGUCAACAACAUGAAAGCAUGGAUCCAUCCUGCCUUGUAUCAACGGUUCAGGCUGGUGGUGGUGGUGUCAUGGUGUGGGGAAUAUUUUCUUGGCACUCUUUGGGCCCCUUGGUACCAAUUGAGCAUCGAUGCAACGCCACAGCCUACCUGAGUAUUGUUGCUGACCAUGUCCAUCCCUUUAUGACCACAAUGUACCCAACUUCUGAUGGCUACUUUCAGCAGGAUAAUGCGCCAUGUCAUAAAGCUGGAAUCAUCUCAGACUGGUUUCUUGAACAUGACAAUGAGUUCACUGUACUCAAAUGGCCUCCACAGUCACCAGAUCUCAAUCCAAUAGAGCAUCUUUGGGAUGUGGUGGAACGGGAGAUUCGCAUCAUGGAUGUGCAGCCGACAAAUCUGCGGCAACUGUGUGAUGCCAUCAUGUCAAUAUGGACCAAGCUCUCUGAGGAAUGCUUCCAGCACCUUGUUGAAUCUAUGCCACGAAGAAUUGAGGCAGUUCUGAAGGCAAAAGGGGGUCCAAAUAAAGUGGCCGGUGAGUGUAAAUGUGGCUAAUGUCUUCUAGGUCUCGUAUUCUUCUUCUAUUGUUCCUUUGACGGUCGUGUCCAAUAAGCGGCGACCAACGAUCAACAAGAGACAAAGUUCUGUUGGGAUCAGUUUCAGUUUUAGUCCUUUGGUUGACUUUGAUGGUUCUGAAUCUACUCUCUGAAGCUGAGGUCCUCCUGAAAAUAAAGACGUGUUUAUAUUAUAUAAGGAUGGAGGUGAAACAGGCGGACCAGAAAUAUAAAAAUAUAGCUGGGAGUUCGAAAACAGGAGACCGAGAGUCGAACCUUGAGGAACUCCUCCACCUGAUGAUCCUGGAGAAGAAAGGAGGUCCAGUCAGAGAUAUUUCUGUAACCGGUCUGACACAGUAUGGAAACUUAGACCAGGUCUUGUGGUCCACGACGUCAGGACUUUAAAUUUUGUCUGUAUAGAAAUUUAACCCUUUCCUCCACCUCUCCGUCUCCUCCAGCGGCCUCCAUCAACAGUUUGUCGUCUUUCGUGGUGCUCCCGCUCCCUGAAGACCAGGUCGUCGUCCAGCUGCAGAAGCUUGUGGAUCAGUGUCGUCAUGGAAACAACUACUGCAGACAAGUCCUGAGCCUCUACCAGCUCUCCAAGGUACUGAAGGUCCACACGGUCCGCACCUCCAGCUCCUCACAGACGUUUACUCACUAAGGCUUUGGUGUGUGUGUGUGUGUGUGUGUGUGUGUGUGUGUGCGUGUGUGUCCAGGAGCUGCAGUGCUCCUUCAGUCAGAUCUGUGCGGAGGAACCGUCCUCGGUUCUGGAGAAGCUGCUUCUGUCGGAGCAGCCGGAGCGGUUCAGGAAGGCGCAGGCCUUCAUCAAGGCUCAGGGUCUGUCUGCGGACUCGGUGGCCCAGCUCGUCUCCUCUGCGGUGGUCCAGGCUCUGCUCGCCUCCAACCAGGAGCUGCAGCCAGGUGAGACCAGCUGGACCACACAUGAAGACCAGGGACCAGAGUCCGCUUUAGUCCUUCACUUUAACUGUGUGUGUGUGUGUGUGUGUGUGUGUGUGUGUGUGUGUGUGUGUGUGUGUGACCCAGCAGAGCGGCAGGUCUACAGACCAUCAGAGGGGAGGGACUCUCUGGUCCAGCUCAUCAAACUGUGUGAAGACCCAAACCUGGUGGGACUCAAACUGCUGGAGAACCUGAAUACUGUUCCCCUGAGAGACCUGAGCUGCAGUAUGACACACACACACACACACACACACACACACACACACACACACACUGACUCAGUCACAGUUUGCACACUUGCUUCAGCUCUGCAGUAUCAUCAAAGUUAAGAUUUCUAUUAUUCAAUUAAAUAUAUUUAUUUGUUUGUUUAUUUUUUUUAAUUUAUUUUUUUAUGUUUAUUUAUUUAUUCAUUUAUUUGUUUGUUUGUUUAUUUAUGUUUUUUUUUCAAAAUCAGACUUAUCAGUACAAAAUCAAAGACGGUCGAUAAAGGAAACGUCUGUAAAAACCUAACUGAGGAAAAAAAUGAAAUUAAUUCAUGAAUGUCAAAGUUUCUAUGGUGGCCCUGAAGGUCGACAGUUCAAACUUUCUAAGAAUGAAAUAAAAAAAUAAAAAUAAAAAUCACUGAAAAAAUAAUUAAUUAAAUUAUUAUAUAAUAGAAUAAUAAUAAUAAAUAAAUAAUAAUAAAUUAUAAUAAUAAAUAAUAAUAAUAAUAAAAUAAUAUAAUAUAAUGAUUAAUUUAAGAUAAUUCAUUAAUAAUUAAUGAACUAACAAAUAUUUUGGGAACACAAAUAAGUUUAAAAAAAAGGAAAAUUGACAUAAGAACUCAAAUGAUAAAAUCAUAGAAGUGUGUUAAACAGAGAACGUAAAACAGUUUGUCCAGACAUAAAUUUAAAAUUAAUAAUAUAAUUAGGAAAAAAGCAAAUAAGUAUUAAGAAAAUUAAAUUAUGGAAAUGAAUCUUCAAAACAAAAAAUGAAAAUAAGAAUUAAAAAUUAACAUAUUUCAGGAAAUUUAAAAAGAUUUGAAAAACAAAAACUCUGAAAAAAUAGUAAAUCUAUCUUGAAUUUUCCCUCAGAUAAAUAUUCUGAUUCUGAUCAUGAAAAUGUUAAAAAAUAUAUUAAAAAUACACAAAAUAAUCCAAAUUUUACAAACCAAAAUUUAAAACAGGUUUUUCUAGUUUUUAAAAACACAAAAAUCUUUUAAAUAUAAAAAUUAAAAUAAAAAACUACAUUUCAGGUAGAAAAAAAAAAAAAUUAAAAACGUAUUUUUGGAAAAACAAAAAAAUUUGAACGACAUAAAUUUACCCGUCUUUCCUUCCUGCAGUCGUGGAGCUGCUGAUCAUCGCUCACGACUGUUUCAGUCUCACCUGUAACAUGGAGGGCAUCGUCAGGGUGCUGCAAGCCGCCCGUCACCUUAGCCACACCCACCUGGCCCCUGGAGAGCACUACAGCCUGAUGGUAGGAAGACCACAAGUCAAGCUCCGCCCACCUGAAUACCCCUCAUUGUCGUUACAUCAUUGUUUUUUCUGUGUGUGCGUGUGUAGGUGCGUCUGCUGACAGGGAUCGGCAGGUAUAACGAGAUGACGUACGUCUUCGACCUGCUGCAUCAGAACCAUCGCUUUGAGAUGCUGCUGAGGAAGAAGGUGGACACGGACAGAGGACAGGUGAGGCGCUCAGGUCGACCAGCUGUGACGUCAGGACGCGACGUUUUCAUGUCUGUGAUUUUAAAGUCAGAGAGAGUUUUACUCGCUGACCCCACCUGGUGUUCACCUGCUGCAGAGCUCCAGUCUGAAGACGGCUCUGCUGGACUACAUCAAGCGCUGCCUCCCCGCAGACAGCGAGAAACACAACAUGGUGGCGCUGUGCUUCAGCAUGAGGAGGGAGAUCGGAGAGAACCACGAGAUGGCGGCGAGGACCCAGCUGAAGAUGAUCGAGUCUCAGGCCUGGGGUGAGUUUAUCGAGUCCAGGGUCCUCAUUUAUCGAAGGUUCUGGAUUCUGGCGUAGGAAUGGCUCCAGGUCCGGGUCUUGGAGGUCCGCUGUGACUGACUUUAAUCCUCUGGUGUGUCUCCAAUCGAACAGUGGUGACGCCUGAGCUGAAGAGUUCGCUGGUCAAAGCGUUGGGUCUGCUGAAGGACGCCGCCGAGAGCUUCUCGAAGGUACCCGAGUGUCAUCCUGGUGUUGCCGUGGCUGACCGCUUCAUCUUUAACCGCGUCUGUUCGUGUCUCAGGACUCGUGUGUGCGGCAGGCCACUCGCUGUCUACGAACCGCCAAACUCGUCGCUCUUCAGCUGCGCUUCCUGAACCACGGACUGGACCUCCGUGUCAUCAACCUGCGACCCGCUGAGCUGCUGGACGCCGUCAUAGCGUUACCGCGAUGCUACCAGGUCUGUGAAUGUCUGACUACAGCUCGAGGUCGUUCAGGGUCAGAUUCUGAUCCUUCAGACCUCAGGACAGUUUCCCUCAGUCCACCUCAGAUGGGCUCAGGUUUCUGGAUCAGGUUCUUGUCGGAUCUUGAUUUCAGGUGUUUUCUGUCCGUCAGGUGUUCUUGGUGUCGGAGGCGUACAGCUAUAAUCCGGACUGGGCCGAGAUCCUGUACCAGAAGGUGAUCCUGAGAGGAGACUUCGCGUACCUGGAGGAGCUCAAACGGUACCGACCUUUGACCUCCAGCCUGUUUGAGGACAUCUUCAAAAAGUGAGACGGACUGACGCAGUGAUGGAUCAGGAACCAGCUGAGAGUGUGUGGUCUCACCUGUGUGUGUGUGUGUGUGUUUCAGGCUGGACGGCGCCCCCAGCAGCGUCACCGCUAACGUGAAGCGCCUGCUGACCCACUGUGAUGACGUGUACAGCCGCUACAGACUGGCCUAUCAGCAGAAACUCUUCGACGUCACCAAAACGCUGCUGCAGGACGCCAAGACCUCCAGCUACCUGAACGACCGUCUGUCCAGCUGAUCAGCUGAUGAUGAACCCGCAGACCUGAUCUUCACAGAACCAAAACCGGAGGUUCUGACCGGGUUGAGAGGAGAAACGAAACUCUGACCUCAUCAUUGAGAUGAAAUAAAAUGGAUCAGAACCUGAAUUUAGAGAAAUAAAGAUGAAAACUGAAAAAGUCCAGAGAGGCGGUACCGAGAGUUUCUCUGAACCCGUCUGUUCCUGAAAUAAAGGUUCAGCUUCGGCUCUUUUCCAACUUCCUGUUUCACCGUCUUUAUGUGGAACUUUGACGAUCAGAUAAACCUGUAAUAGUCAAAAAGAGGGAAACUCCCAAAACUACAGCGUAGGGCUGCAGGAUGUUAGAAAAAACCAACAUGUCCGUUUUCUCCAUUAAAGGGGACCUGCCACCAAAACUUCAUCCCCAUUUUUAUCAUUUUUUCAUAAUCCUUGAUGUCCUCUGAUCAUGUUUGCAACAUCAUUUUAGCUGAAAAGUUAUUUGAUGGUUUGUUUUAGUAUGCCUAAAAAACCUUACAGGAAAACCAACUGGUUUUGGCUCAUUAACAUUUAUGGUAAUGAGCUUUGCUCUGAUUGGAUCGCUGCUGUGAAGCCUGCUGUGCUCUGAUUGGCUCAGCAGUGGAGGUUCGGAUUUCGGUUUAUCCAUUGUUAUUAUGCUAAUGCUAAUAGCAUAUGCUAAUGUGUGCUAAAGUAAGGUGCCCAGAUGUCUGUAAUGAUAUCCGGGGAUAUUCGGUGCGGUGGUGGCGGCGGUGCAGGGGCUGCAGGGUCUGUGUGAUCACAGACAAAGUCUCGGUACUCUUUAGUAUCAGCACAUGCCCCUUGUAAUAACCCCUGUAAGAACUGUUGUUCAGGACUGCUAACUAAAUUCGGCUACUGUAAUAACCGUUGUUCGAGCCCACACGCAACAUUUCUGCUCUCAUUAAUGAAACGCUUAAAUCAGGGACAUUUUCGGGGACAGCUUUUGCCGGGGACAGAUCAUCCAAUACGGGGACUGUCCCCGGAAAUCGGGGACGUCUGGUCACCUGAUGCUAAAGGCUAAAAACGGCAGGUAUUAAACCAUAUAUUUUAGACCCCGAGUCCGAAGAGGAGGUGGAAGUUGAAGAAGAAGCCGGAGAUCUCCAGCGGUGUUUCUCAUUCAUUCUGCCCGGCUUUAAGUUCAUUUUCCCGGCAGUGAACCGAAGGAAACACCGGUCGUUUGGAAGAGACCCAUAGCGGAUACAGCGGUAGCUGGGUCUCGCUCUGACUGUGACUGAGUACGAGAACGAGAGAGUGGGCGCGGCUCACCGGGGACGCGCUCGUGAAUAAUAAUGAGCAAGGUCAGCGCAACGUAACACCGACGGGCUUUUUCAAUUGGCCUGGUUUACUCGUUCCUUUAUUUUUAACCUUUACAGAAUGAAAACGAAGUAACGGUUUGUUUUCACAUGUACAACAUAAGACGAACAUAAUAUGGACCUUAUCUGACACAAAAAAACCACAAAAUUAAAUUUUGAUGGCAGGUCCCCUUUAAAAAACAGGAAUUUUCCUCCGAUGAUCUGAAUCUGAGUUUCUGCUGAAGUCUUGAGGACAGUUAACCUGCUCUGAUCUUCCCUCUUCAUGUGAACGUUAGUAGACUGUCUUCAGUCUGUCUUUAGGUCCUCACACACCAGGACCGACGCAAAAAUACAACGUGAAAUUACGAAAUAUUCAGAGGCGAGUUUUGACGCGCCUGACAAUCGUAUCAGAGGUGAGGAAUGUUCCCAAAGUCCUUCUUGGCGUUUCUCGGAACAACACCGACAGCGCCCGCGACUCGCUCCAUGUGCAGGGGCGUGGUUUCCUCCUCUCUGAUUUUGAUUGACGGCUGGCAGGUUAGUCUGAUUGGCAGCUGAGUAAAGAACGAAUGUGAUUGGUGGAUCGCUGCACACGCAGAGUCACAUGUCAGUGUCUGUCAGUCAGCUGCUCUUGAAAUUAGACGAGUUCAUUCACCUCUGACAUGUGACUAUCACGCACACUGACAUCGCCGUGACGAUGAUGAAAUGAUUUAUCGUGCAGCCCUACAACAGCAGCAUAAAUACUCAAGAGGAAGUAACUCAGAGUCACUGAACUCAAACUUCUGAAACCUCGGACUUCAACAGUUUGAUAAAGUGGGCGGAGUUUUGGCGCUGCGGGCAGGUAGCAGGUCCUGGAUCUACAUGGAUGAACCUUGAGGGGUCUCUGAAACCUCCUGGGGGACUCUGGACGACUGUGACUCUGGAGCUGAUAAAGAAAAGCAGUGAAGCUCUGGUGUUGUCAGCAGAUGAACUCUUUAAUCAAAGAUAUCGGACACUGACGAUGUUUCAUGAUCAGAGUUUAAAUUCGGACUCUGGAUCUUCUCCGAACGCUUGAAGAACUCCAGGAUGUUUGCGGUCCUCGUUCAAAGUCCUGGUCCUUUGUUUUUAGACUUUGACCUCCUAAGAAACGAUGACAAACAAAGUCUGGACUGAGUCAGAACCGUCUGAUCCGGGACAGACUCUGUCUCAGGGUCCUCACAGGAAUAGAGAGACAAACGUGUGUGUGUGUGUGUGUGGGUCCUCAGGUUGGUGACGAGACGUGAAUCCCGUCCAUGUCGAUCUGGACUGAGUGAACACUGAAGUCUCCGAGACCCUGAAAGACACAAAGACCGGCACAGAGGAUCAGAAACUGGACCGGAUGAUGAACCUUCACUGAGAAACAGACCGGUUUGGACCAGAACCAUCCGGAACCCAUCUGAGCAUGCUCACCGGCGUGUCGUCGAGGAUCUGAAGCACCGCCUCCUGCUGCAGAGGUUCCCGGGUCAGCAGGUAGAGGAAGCCGCCUCCUCCAGCCCCGGCCAGACUCUGACCCAGAACCAGCGGCCUCAGAACCUCCAUCAUGGCCCUGACCGAGGCGGGUUCACAGCCGGGGGCCAUCAGCUUCUUCUGCUGCCAGGACCGGUCCAGACAGGCGCCAAGUCUGGACAGAGAACCUGAGGGGGGCAGGUCAGAACUCUGUCAGACCUCUCACAGGGGGAUUCUGGGAAAUGUAGGAUGUGAGUGGAGAUCCUGAUUGUGAAAAAGCGACUUUAAAAAAACCAGAAAGUUCUGGACCAAGUCUCUCAUCACGAGCAGAAACACGAACAUCGGAGAAAAGAGGAAAACGACGGUGUGACACGAAACUAGCAGAACUUCAUGGACUCUGAAUGAAGAACUGAAGACCUGGACCCCGGAGUCUGUCUUAUAGAGGUUCAUAUUUAUCCUGUUCCAGAGGAGGACGGACUCUUUUUUUAAAAACAAGAAUCUGGAUAAAACCCGAACAAACGGUAAAAGUCACUCUGAUUUAAAACCUUUUAACAGUUUUAUAUUUUUUUCUGCUGUGAAAAAAAAUAAUAAAUAAAAUCUUCACAUGGAAA